CACCGCAAUUAGACACAAUGAGUGCAAGAAGCUGCAACAUAGUUGUUUUCUUCAUCAUCAUGUGGCUUGCUGUAUCUUCAGCCUAUGCAGCAGGCUGCAGGAAGAAGAAGAAGAACCCUAAAAAACCAUGCAAGCAAAUGGUCCUCUACUUCCAUGACAUAAUUUACGACGGAACCAAUGCUGAUAAUUCUACUGCUGCUAUUGUGGCAGCGCCGGCCGGAGCUAACUUGACCACGUUAGCCCCUCAGUUCCAUUUUGGUAACAUAGUAGUGUUCGAUGACCCCAUUACCACAGGCCACAGCCUUGAGUCACCACAAGUUGGUCGGGCACAAGGCAUGUACAUUUAUGAUUCAAAGAACACCUUCACUGCUUGGCUAGCCUUUUCAUUCGUCCUUAACAGCACACAUCACCAAGGCACUAUAAAUUUCAUCGGAGCCGAUCCCAUAAUGAAUAAGGCUAGGGAUAUUUCAAUCGUGGGAGGCACCGGAGAUUUUUUCAUGCACCAGGGAAUUGCUACUAUCACCACUGAUGAGCCAGGGGAUAUAUACUUCAGGCUUCGGGUGCAUAUUAAGUUCUAUGAAUGUUGGUAAAAUUAUUAUAUGCAAUUAAGUUGUAUCAACUAUCAAGUAAUUUCAUUGUUAUUGUCAAGUUUAAUGCAACUUUAUGAUUGGAAAAUAAUGAUGACAUCAAAAUUAUCAAUCUA